UCCCUUGGAUCUGCUCAGACCCUGCAGAGAUCGAAGAGAUCCUUUCAGCAGUGGUCGGUGAGAGAAGCCGUCGGGGCGGAGGACCACCGAAGGGUCCUUGUCCCUCCCUCCCUAGGCUGACCAAUUGCAGGCGUGAAGAUGAAGGUCCUAUGCACGGUGCUGGUGGUCACGCUUCUGGCAGGAUGCCGGGCAGAUGUGGAGCCAGAGCCAGAGGUGCUAGAGCCAGCGGUGUGGAAGAGUGGGCAGCCUUGGGAGCUGGCGCUGGGCCGCUUCUGGGACUACGUGCGCUGGGUACAGACCCUGUCUGACCAGGUGCAGGAGGAGCUGCUCAGCUCCCAGGUCACCCAGGAACUGACGGUGCUCAUGGAAGACACCAUGAAGGCGGUGAAGGCCUACAAAUCCGAGCUGGAACAGGAACUAGUACCAAUGGCGGAGGACACGAAGGCCCGGCUGUCCAAGGAGCUGCAGGCUGCGCAGGCGCGGCUCGGGGCCGACAUGGAGGAGGUGCGCAACCGCCUGGCGCAGUACCGCAACGAGAUGCAGGCCAUGCUGGGCCAGAGCGCCGACGAACUGCGUGCACGCCUGGCCUCGCACCUGCGCAAGCUGCGCAAGCGGAUGCUGCGCGACGCCGAGGACCUGCAGAAACGCCUGGCGGUGUACAAGGAUGGAGCCAGCGAGGGAGCCGAGCGCGGCGUGAGCGCCAUCCGCGAGCGCCUGGGGUCCCUGGUGGAGCAGAGCCGCGUGCGCGCCGCCCUGACGGGCCAGCCGCUGCAGGAGCGCGCGCAGGCCUGGGGCAAGCAGCUGCGCGGGCGGCUAGAGGAGGUGCGCGGCCAGGCACAGGACCGCCUGGAGGAGAUGCGCGAGCAGAUGGAGGAGGUGCGGGUCAAGAUUGAGGAGCAGGCCGAGGCCUUCCAGACGCGCCUCAAGGGCUGGUUCGAGCCCAUGGUGGAAGACAUGAGGCGCCAGUGGGCCGAUCUCAUCGAGAAGGUGCAGGCAGCCGUGGGUGCCAGCACCCCCGUGCCCAGCCAGAAACCCUGAGCACCAGCACCACCCCGACCCAGUCCUACCCCUCAGCCAGCCGCAGGCCCUGCCCCACCCUGCCGGCCUCCUGGAGGGGCCUCAAUUAAUAAAGAAUAAAGAUUUGCUGCGCCUCUAACUGGGCUUCUGAGUGUGA